AUGCUCUCCUCAGUAGCCGCAGGUUUCCGCCCCCUCGCGUGCUCAACACCAGGCCGCCUCGUCCUCAUCCACGUUCAGACGCGCACAUACGCCGCACAAAAGUCUGCGCGCCCCACUGCAUCCCCCAAGGGCAACCCUCACCCUCCCCACCCGCCUUCAACACCCAAGACCACGUCCACGACCAAGCCUCGCCCAGCCAAGGUUACCUCCGCCACCGAGUCGGCCGCCAAGCAAAAGCUCAACACGAAUGCGAAGCCUGCGGCUGCGAGCGCGUCCGGCUCUGCGGCCAAUGCCAAACCUACCAAGUCCAAGGAGCAGAUCGGCAUCGAGCGGAUGGAAAAGACGCUGCGCUCUGAGCAUCUCAUGAACACGACUGAUUUCUGGGGCCUUCGAAGUCCUCAGGUUUUGGAUGUGGAGGCACGCAUGGAGUAUGCCCCCGUUUGGUCCUCUCCAAGUUCUCUUGCGAGUAACUUGGGCUUCAACACCUCAAACGCUAUCAAGAGUGCGUUCAGCAUCUACGCCAUAGCACAACAGAACGCUUUCCCCGGGGGCGUCACUGUUCCUUCACCUUUCGGGGUCAGCAAACUCUUCAACCCAAGCAACUGGCGCCAAUUCGGCCCCAGAGGCUGGAACAGUGAAAACGGGUGGCUCUCGCCCCUCCGCCAGGUCGCACUCGACCUGCACUCGCAGAUGUGGACAAGCUACGCUGACAACGGCAUCCGUGAGCUGCGCUACAGCACCACCGUCGAAGCGCACGCCAAGCUCGCCCGAACGCUCAAAGCGCGCGACCCGGCGCACAUCUACGCCUGGCAACGGCACACCACGCCCGACGCCCCAUCUACAGCCUCCUCAUCCGACUCCCCCUCCGACACGCCCGGCGUCCGCCCGCCGAGCGCGACGAUCCUCUCCGUGCGCGCGACCGAGGGCAACCACGCGACAUCGGACCCGCGCCUCGGCAACCGCCUGCUCGUGCACGCGCUCGUCAAGAUCGAGUCCUCGCAGUCGCUGCAGAUCUACAACCGCCGCGGCAUCCUCAUCGGGAAGUCCGGUCUUCCCUCCUCUUCCUCCUCUUCCGCCAGUAAGAACAAGAAUAAGAAUAAGAACAAGGAGUCGGACGUGUGGACGGCGGGCAGCGCGAACAUCUUUGCGAGUGUGCGGCCGACGCAGGUGAUGAGCGGGCCGGCGGACGCGAAGCCGGUGCCGGUGAGGGUUGCGGAGUAUUGGAUUCUGGAGAAGGUGGGGUGGUAUGAUGAGGGGUGGAGGAUCCGCGAUGCGUAUGGGAAGACGGAGGAGAGUUUGCAGGUGAAGGCGUAGUUUCUGGGGGCUGCGUGGACGUGAGGUGGAGGUAUAGAGCGUAGCGUAUGGUUUUUGUUUAUAGUGC